UCUUGGGAGGUCAUCCGUACAAAAUCUUUCCAAACCUCACCAUUUAUGUAACGCCCAAAAGCGAUUUUUUCAACUUUCUUCAAAGAAAUUCUUCCCCCAAAUCGGUGAGACUAUGGACUCUUCUCGCUUUCUCAAUCUCCUUCUCCUUCUCUGUUUCGCUGCCGCCACCGCAGAAGUAGCAUCAGCGCGCCGCCCUGGAUUUCUCUUCUCAAGAACUACAGGAAGAUGCACUGCGCAGUUCUGGAGCAGUAGGAGUGAGGCUUGGCCACGGAUGGCGCCGGAAUCCGCUACAGUGGCGAAAAUUUUCGGAUCGAGAGCUCAUGAACGGUAUGGAUCUGAGAUGACGUUAAUGGAAGCGGCGGCGGGUGCCGGGGAUGAGGAAGAGGAGGUUUUUGGUAGAGUAGUGAAGGAAGCAACUGCAGCAUUGUUGAAUUCGUAUACUAGAAGAAGGGUUUUUCCAUAUUCGGCUUGGGAAGUGAAGACAUUGUUCAUCAAAGCAUUGGUUUCUAAAGAGGCUGCUGUUCUUCAGUCUCAACGUUUUGCUUUUGCUAAUGAGUCUUGUAAUUAGUGACUUAGUUUCACGAGACAACCCUUCCUUGCUCGUAGUAAAUAAAUGUUGUAAGAUUAGAUGGGUUGUUUGGUUGUUCAACAAGUUGAUAGUCUUUGUCAAUGAAUGUUUGACUAGCUCGGAUCGAAGGAAAACAUCCUAAAGUGUAGAAGGAACUCUUUUGUAUAUAUUUUCUUUAUCUAUACUUGUUUUGAUCAAACUUAUGCUUAUUUUGAUUAAUCUUACAAACAACGGAGACGGAUUACUUUGAA